CCCUUUGCCACACUGGCAACUCUUCCAUGUGCGUGACUCCUGUCUAUUUCCGCUUCCUCACUCUGAGCCCCAAAGAAGUCGGGGAAAGAGGGCCUCGCUGGGCACGCAGAGAGUGGGGAGAGAAGAUGGAGCCUUGGCUGGGGGUCAGCUGGGCCUUGGGCAUUCUUCUCCUCUUACUUCUUCUCUGCUGGAAGAAGGAUCACCCCAGGAAUCUGCCCCCAGGCCCUCCAAGUUGGCCUCUGCUGGGCAGCCUGCUGCACCUGAAGGGACCCUCCUUGCUCCACAGCCUCUUGAAGCUGAGGGAGCAAUAUGGAAACGUCUUCACCAUCUACGUUGGAUCCCAGCGGGCUGUUGUGCUCUGUGGUUACCAGACAGUCAAGGCUGCGCUUGUGGACCAAGCGGAGGAAUUUGGGGCUCGAGCCGAACUCCCCCUUGUGGAGAAGACAAGCAAAGGCCAUGGCAUCUUUUUCAGCAAUGGAGAGAACUGGAGGCAGAUCCGUCGUUUUGCCCUCACUACCCUUCGGAACUUUGGGAUGGGGAAGCGGUCCAUCGAGGAGCGGAUCCAGGAGGAAAUCAAGUUCCUGAUGGAGGAAUUCAGGAAGACGCAAGGGUCCCCCUUCGACCCCACCUUUGUCCUGCGCCGCUCCGUGUCCAACAUCAUCUGCUCAGUGGUCUUUGGGGAGCGCUUUCAGUACGACAACAGUGAAUUUCAGGCCUUGCUCUACCUCUUCCAACAGAAUGCCCGACGGGUAGACACCAUCUGGGUGCAGCUCUAUGGCCUCUUCCCUCAAGUCUUAAAGCACCUGCCUGGUCCACACAACCGGCUCUUCGAGAAUUAUGAGGAGCAAAAGAGAUACGCAGCCAGGAUGGUCCAGAAACAUGAGGAUACUUUGGACCCAGCCUCUCCUCGGGAUUACAUAGACACCUUCCUCAUCCGGAUGCAGCAGGACAGCGGGAAUCCUAGCACUAUAUUCCACCAGGAAAAUCUCAUAGUCUCCACACUGGACUUGUUCUUCGCUGGGACUGAGACCGUCAGCAACACAUUGAGAUACGGCCUCCUGAUCCUCUUAAAGUACCCUGAAAUCACUGAGAGAAUCCAAGAGGAGAUAGACCAAAUAGUUGGGCCGAACCGGGCCCCUGCAAUGGAAGACAGGCUGAAGAUGCCGUACACGGACGCUGUGAUCCAUGAGAUGCAGAGAUUCAUCGAUAUUAUUCCACUUGGGGUGCCCCACUCUGUGACGUGUGACACAGAGUUUGCAGGAUACACAAUUCCUAAGGGUACCUUUGUGUUCUUGCUGCUCAAUUCUGUCUUGCAUGACCCCACCCAGUUCGAAGCACCAGAGACCUUUGAUCCAGGGCACUUCCUAGAUGACAAAGGCAAGUUUAAGAAAGCUGCUGCCUUCAUCCCAUUUUCUGCAGGGAAACGCUCCUGCCCGGGAGAAGGUCUGGCUCGGAUGGAGCUGUUCCUCUAUCUCUCCACCAUGUUGCAGAAGUUUGCCCUAACAUCUCCCAUUGCCUCCGAGGAAAUCGACAUCACCCCGGAAUACAGUGGUUUUGGGAAGGCCCCAUGCCUGUACCAACUGUGCCUCAUUCCUCGCUGAAGCAGCAGGCUCACUGGUACAAGAGAUGGUCUUCUCUGUGACUUUGAGGAAGGCAGGACAGCACGCUCUUGUUUCCACCACACCUCAUUUUUACGCCAGAAGAAAGAAAACUGUUGAACAGCAAGACAGAAAGUGGGCAGGGAUGUGUGCUAUCUGGUGGCUGUGGGUUUCUCCUGAGGUUUUUUUUUCUUCCGGAAGAAUUUUAGGCUUGUUUACAGCCUAAAUGAUGGUUGAAGAGGUGCCAGGCUCCUUGGGCCAAAAUGGGAAAGGUCUUCUGGGUGUGGAAUCCUAAAUAAAUCUGAAUAAGUAAAA